AUGGAUGAACGACUUGAGCAAUCCCUUUCAAAGGUAUUAACUCAUGUUUAUCCAGCAGCAGGAAGGUAUGAUGACAAAGAUGAAUGUUGUUCGAUUCUUUGUCUUGAUCAAGGCAUUUCCUAUACUAAGGCUAUGACCAAUGGUACGCUGGAUAAUUUCUUAGAUAAAGCACGCAAUGACUUUGGUCAUGCGGCUUUGUUUAGCCCACAUGUAAACAAGAAUAUCAAUGAAACUAAUUUCAUGGUUUCACCAAUUGUCACAAUACAAGUAACUAAGUUCGAAUGCGGUGGACUCGCUAUAUCAAUCAGUACUUCACAUCCUGCAAUGGAUGGUUUCUCAGAUUUUCAAUUUAUUUCUGAGUGGGCAAAAGUGUGUAGAAUGGGGACUUCCGUUGACAAGAUUAAUUUUCUAAGCUUCAAUAUGGGUGAUAUUUUUCCAACAAGAGAUGUAUCAGAACUUUUCAAGUCAACCCCCAUUCCAGUUAUACAACAAGAUAUUGUUGUUAAGAAAAUUGUCAUCCGUGAGCCUGUUAUGUCAAGGCUCAGAAAAAAAUGCAUUGAUGAAUCAGAUGGAGCUUUGAUUUUUCAACCUUCAAGGGUUGAGAUUAUUACAGCACUCCUAUGGAGGGCUUUUAUCCGUGCUACAACAAUUAUAAACGGGUAUUUAAGGCCUUCUCUACUAGACUUUCCAAUGAAUAUGCGCUCCAAAAUUACCUUUUUACCUCAAGUGAAAAACUCUUUUGGGAAUUUUAUGAUUGGUGUUCCAGUAAAAUUCAUACCAGGAGAGACCAAAAUGGAAUUGCAUCAUUUCAUAAUAUUAAUCAGGAAUGCGGUGAAUAAAAUUGUUGCUUUAUGUAAAAACGCUAAUUCACCAGAUGAAAUAGUGUCAAUGUUGGUUAAUUCAUAUAAUGAAAGUUUUCGAUCACCAGAGUGGGGAGGUAACGAUGAAGUUGAUAAAGUUAUGUGUACAAGUAUAUGUAAGUUUCCUGUGCACGAUUCUGAUUUUGGUUUGGGAAAAUCAAACUUAAUAUUUUUCGGAAUGAAAGAUACACAAAUGUUUUGGUUGCAUGAUAUUGGACCUGAAAUUGGUGUGCAAGUGGACUUGAAGGAAAGUUGCAUGCAAUUAUUUGAUCUUGAUGAUGACAUCAAAGAUCUCAUCUUUAUACGUGAUGCAAAACUAUAA